AUGUCUUCUGUAAUUUCGUCUUUACUUGAAGUUCUUUCAUCAGUACUUGGCACAUUCUCAUCGUUCGCAGGAUGUUGUAUACCCAAUGCAAACUUGAGUAUCAACGGAAGAGCCUAUCGUGUAGUUAAGUUAUUAGGAGAAGGUGGGUUUUCUUUUGUAUACUUAGUUCAAGAUGGUUCGGGCAACUUUUAUGCUCUGAAAAAAAUUCGCUGUACAUUGGGUACAGAGGAUGCAGAAUUGGCUCAACGAGAGAUAGACAUUUACCAGCUUUUCAAUCACAAGAACAUUAUACGUCUAAUAGACUCGUGUACGAUAUCUGAACCCGACGGCAAUAAAACCGUAUAUAUAUUGCUACCAUACUAUUCUAAAGGGAAUUUACAAGACGCUAUCAAUAGAAAUAAUCUAAAUCAAAAUCACUUCCCAGAACAGUAUCUACUGAAAAUCUUUCGCGACGUUUGUGUAGCCGUUCGCGAAUUCCAUACGUACACAGCAAAUGGAGGAACAAAAGUGCUAUACGAUGCUCAGCAAGCGAUAACUCCAGAUGAAGAUCAUAGACCAGAAGAAGCUUUACUUAGCAAUGUUCAUGAUCAACCCACAGGCGACCAGCUUCGGGUAGGAGAAAACGGAGAAUUUGUGCCUUGGGUACAUAAAGAUAUUAAACCAGGGAAUGUUUUGCUUUCAGAUGAUGGCGAAACACCGAUUCUAAUGGAUUUUGGUUCAGCUUGUCCAGCUCGUGUACAAAUCAACAAUAGGCAAGAAGCACUACAUCAGCAGGAUCUAGCAGCAGAACAUUGUACAAUGCCUUUCCGUGCACCUGAACUAUUUGAUGUUAAAGUUGGCACUACCUUGACUGAGAAAGUUGAUAUUUGGUCGUUAGGUUGCACACUUUUUGCUAUGGCUUAUGGUCAAUCACCGUUUGAGAUGAAUGAUCAAGGUGGAUCAGUUGCUUUGGCUGUGCUUAACAAUCAGUUCAAAAUUCCAGAUGAAAGCCUUUAUUCUGAGGAUGUAAAAGAGCUCAUUAGAUGGUUACUAACAACAGAUCCCGCUCUUCGACCAGACAUACAUCAAGUCAUUGAUAGAUUAAACGAUAUCUUAAGUAAAGUCGCAGAUACUUGA